AUGGCUGCUGGUUUUGGGCUCCUUGUUGUAUUUGGUCUCUGGGAGACAUUUUCUAAGGUGAAAUAUCCUCUAUGUCCUCCACACAUUUUUCGCUCUCACAAAGGCCGAGAGUUCACAGUGCCAUUCAUUUUGGCAUUUAUUGUUACCAUGUUCUACUACGGUAUCAAUAUUAUCUAUCCCACAAUGAUCAACGUAUUUUACAUUACGACAGAUACAUCUCGUGCCGAAGAGCUGGUGCUUACGCUACCCGGAAAUCUUGGUCUCGUGUUCGGCGCAUGCCUUCUGAUAGGAUUUGGCAACCUUCUUGGCCAUUGGAAAUACACACUCAUUACCGCGUGGUGCGGGAUGACACUAUUCGGUGGAUUAAUGGGGUUGGUCACGCCUUACAACAAGGGUAUGAUGAUUGCGUUUACAUUCUUGAUGCAAAUGUUCUUCGGCUGGUCACAAUACGAAAGUAUCGCCUUCACCCAAUUAGGCGUGCCACAGACAGAGCUCGGCAUCUCCGGUGGACUUGCAGGUGUUGCACGUUAUGCUGGAGGAUCGCUAGCUCAGGCGAUUUAUACGACCAUCCUAACCAACACUCAACAGAGUCGUGUUGCUGCAACUCUUCCGAAAGCAGCGAUUGCCGCUGGUCUCGAUGCUAAGUAUGGUGCGGAUAUUCUUACAGCUUUUCCCCAAGGUGCUGACGCUUUGGCCGCCAUACCCGGCAUCACCCCAAGCAUUAUCGCAGCGGCUAGCGAAGCGUAUAAGUGGUCUUAUGCAUAUGGUUUAAAGAUGUGUGCUCUGUCGUCUCUCGCUUUUGCAGGCGUCGGACUUGUCUGUUGUUUGUUAUUGGAGAACAUCGACGCCAAAAUGAACAACAAGACCGAGAUCUUCCUGGAGAACGACAUUUACGCCGAGAAGAACAAAUACCACUAG